AUGGCACAGAGGUAUUAUGUCCUUAAUGGGUACAAUGACCCUAGUCUCAAGAAUACCUAUAUAUCCUCUCUACCACAAGAACUUCAGCCAAAAAUUCGUAGAAUGUUAGCCAUAACUCAAAAGAAUAUUAAGACCAUGAGUCUUGGCCAGAUCCACCAGGUGACAUUAGAAGCACUUGAAAAGCUUUGCCGUUUUCAUCAUCAAUUUUCUGAAGUUAUAGAACAAAAGUCAAAGUUCACCCAAGCAUGUAAGAAACCCUACCUGGAGAUUAAGUGUAAAGAGAAAAGGUGUAGUUGUCCAACAAAAAAGAAACAUAAAAAAUACAUCAAAUCUCACAUGACCUUCAAGGGAAAGAAAAGAAAGAAUAUGAAGUUCUUUAGAAGAAAGCAUUUCAGAGGAAAGGGGGAAAAUCAAAGAUGCUUUAUUUGUGGGAAAAAAGCGCAUUUCUCAAAAGAAUGUCCUAAUAACACCCAUAAAGCCGCAAAACUGAUUAACUCUCUUCAGCCUCUAGAAGGAGACUUAAAAUCUUUGUAUUCUGAACAAAGCUUUGCUGAUGAAGAAACAAUUUUUGCCUUUCAAGACUCUUCAUCUAAUGAAGCAUCAUUUUCGGAGUCAGAAGAUGACAGAUAUCUCCCGGUUUACUCCUUCCUACUAUACCACUUCCUUAUGUUGAAGUCCAUAUCCUCGCAACAAAGUUUUCCCGUCCGAAGAAAGUUAUAG